AUGAUACCAGACGGCUACAUCUCUCCUGGACAUCCAUUUGCCACCCCCAUUGUCCCCUCAUUCCCCAUCACCCACCGUCCCUCACACCCUCGUUCCGAAAUUCCAUCCUCAGGCUCUCUACCCAAUCCAGAACCAUCCCAUCGACCGUCUCUCCGUAUCCAAACAUCCCUUCCCGCUCGGUUCGAGCACCCACAUCAUCUGCCUCCUCUCCGCCACUUUGUGUGGCAUUGUAAGACAGCCCCGCUAUGUUUACCCUCCCAAGGCUUUGUGGACGUCCGUCAGCAAGAGUUGGGGUUGGGGCUGGGGCAUGGGAGGAAAGCAUCGCUUCAUCGUGAAGCCUUCAUCGUCCUAGGGGACGACUCGCCCCUCAGCGCUAGUCUUUCUUCUCACCCCGCGCCAGCGCCAGGUCCAGGUCAAGGUCUAGGGGUAGGGAUACGACCAGGGGUGCCCAAGGCCAAAGGGUAUGGACACGCGCGCCGAUUGAGCGAUAAAUUCAAACACCUCUUCUUCCCCGCUCAACGCAAGAGAUCAAACGCCGAUGGGGGUGGCGAUGGCGAACAAGGGGUAGACAUCACUCCUGCUGAGAUCCUCAACGCCCGGAUGAUGGAUGAGAACACCCACCGCAGACAUACCGGUUCUCAAAAGACACUCCCCGCCGAAGACGAUGUCGAUGACGAGUUCAGCCUACCGCCGGAAAGACCUCACAGAUCCCCCGGAACAGCUUCAUUUCUCAUCCACCGCCCUUCUCUCCCUCCGCUCCUCAGGCAUGCUUCAGGGUUGAGUGUAUCGACCAUUACCUCAGGCUCAGGGACGUCGAGUUUGUCGUCUUUUGCCGUACGCCCGCAGUGGGCAAAGAAGGCUUGGGUCUUCCCUCAUAAGGGCGCGAGUGAGAGAGGGGAUGGUGCUGAGAAUGAGAAGGGGAAGGAAGGGGGGAUGAUCAGCCGCUUCUCCCUCUCUUCUUCUUCAGGAUCAGAAAGUGGACAGACGUUCAGGUCAGAAGAACGCGCUACCAGUUCUCUCGCCCUGAACGAUCCCGAGGGCGUGGUAUCAAGAGCUAACAAAUUGGGCGCUGGAUACGACGAGAAAUGGAAAGGGAAAGGUGUGGAUGAAGUAGAAGCUGUGGGGUGGAGAAGGACGAAGAGGUUGAGGCGGGUGAGGAGUAUGCCUGUUGUGAGCUUGGAUUUCGUGUUUUGA